AUGGAUAAAUGGUUAAUGAAAGGCCAAAACAAAGAAGAUAAUCCUAAGCUUGAACGUAAAAGGAAACCCGAAAAGGAAACAUCAGAGGCUUCAACUUCUAGUAUAGAAGUAGAAUAUGCUGUUCCCAUUCCCAGUUCCAGUUUGACUUCAGUGGGCUUGGCAACAAGUGAGUCAAAUAAUCCACAAACUAAAAAAAUAAAACGCCUGAAUAAAUUUAAUGAUUUAUGGCUUCAAGAACCAAACUUCUUGAGCUGGCUAUGCAAAGAUUCGAAAAUGAAAGAUGGAAAUGAUUUAGCACACUGUAUGCUUUGUUCGGUGACGAUCAUAGCGCAUAAAAGUGAUCUGAUUCGACAUAUGAAUUCAGAUCGCCAUAAGAAAAAAUCAUUAGAAAUACAGAAUAUUCCAAAAAUUUCAAAUUAUUUGCCAGUGAUGGAUUUAGAAAUAAAUGUACGAAAAGCUGAACUAAAAUUAGCCGGAGCGUUGGCUGAAAAUAAUAUACCAAUAUCAUUUAGCGACAUCUUGGGCCCACUCUGCAAAGAGAUUUUCGCAGACUCAGUUAUAGCUAAAAAUAUGAAUUUACACAGAACCAAGGCGACGGCUAUAAUAAAUAAUGUUUUAGGAAACACAUUUUUAGAGGAUAUAUAUGAAAAAUUACGCGGAGAAAAAAUCUUCUUUUCAUUAAUAAUGGAUGAAACGACUGAUCAGAGCUCUUUAAAACAAUGCUGUUUUACUGCUGUUGUCUAUGAUGAGAACACCAAUAAGGUAGAGCAUUUGUUUCUGGAUAUGGUGGAAUUGUCAUCAGGAACUGCUAAGGGACUGUAUGACUGUUUACAUCAAAUGCUUCGAAAUAAAAACAUAUCGAUAGAAAACAUGGUAGGGUUUAGUUCAGAUACCACAAACGUGAUGGUUGGAGAACAUUGCUCUGUUUUUGCUCUUCUUAAAAAAGAUUUGCCUCACAUUGCUCUGGUGAAAUGUUCUUGUCACAUGAUACACCUAUCAUCAUCUAAAGCUUGUCUUAAAUUGCCUCGAAACGUUGAAGAUUUUUUGCGUUCUGUUGGAGCUCACUUCAGUAGAAGUUCACAAAGACAACUAAAAUUUAGAGAGUUUCAAGAAUUCUUUCAAGAGGAGAUUCACAAAAUUCUCACACCAGCUCAAACUCGAUGGCUCUCGCUGAAAGCGUGUAUAGACCGUGUCUUAGAGCAGUAUACUCCAUUAAAAGCCUACUUGAUAGAAACAGUCUUCUCAGAUCCGUCGAAGACUACCGAAGAAAUGCUGAUUACAAUGAACAACCAAUUCACUGUGGUAUAUUUGGAGUUCAUGUCUUACGUACUUGCGCUGGCUGGAGAAAGUAUUGAAAUUUUAAAAAAUGACGAAAAUGUACCUCGUGCUGCUAUUGCAGAUUUCUAUAGAACCUGCCAGGAGUUUUAUAUUGAUUUGACGUCAGAUAUUACCAAGCGAUUUGAUUUUGGUGAUCCUCUAUUUUCUAUUAUAUCCGCUGUAAAUCCAUCAGAAGCUCAACAGUUUCUAAUUAAAUCACUUGUGCCUGUGCUGAAGCGAUUUCCAGUGCUUUAUAAAUUUGUGACCGCACAAAAAUUGGAUGACGAGUGGUGA